GUUCCGAGAGGGCGGGGCGGCGUCCCAAAACGGAAGGUGGUUGUCGUCGGUGCCCAAGCUGGUUUGAAACUAGGGGUCGGGCUCGGCCGUCGUCGUUGUCUGUCGCCGCAGCUCCACUUCCGGGGGUAGGCCGUUCCUUACCGCCUCCUCCCCUCCUACCUUUGGACCCAUCGGUCUGAGACCCGGCUCCCCGCCCGACUCGCACCCUGCACACCGCAGCCAGCUGUUGACCCGACCCGCACUGCGGCCCCGCCGCCACCAUGUCCCUGCACGGCAAACGGAAGGAGAUCUACAAGUAUGAAGCGCCCUGGACCGUCUACGCGAUGAACUGGAGUGUGCGGCCCGAUAAGCGCUUUCGCUUGGCUCUGGGCAGCUUCGUGGAGGAGUACAACAACAAGGUUCAGCUUGUUGGUUUAGAUGAGGAGAGUUCGGAGUUUAUUUGCAGAAACACCUUUGACCACCCGUACCCCACCACAAAGCUCAUGUGGAUCCCUGACACAAAAGGUGUCUAUCCAGACCUACUGGCAACAAGUGGCGACUAUCUCCGUGUGUGGAGGGUUGGUGAAACAGAGACGAGGCUGGAGUGUUUGCUAAACAAUAAUAAGAACUCGGAUUUCUGUGCUCCCCUGACCUCCUUUGACUGGAAUGAGGUGGAUCCUUAUCUUUUAGGUACCUCAAGCAUUGAUACGACGUGCACCAUCUGGGGCCUGGAGACAGGGCAGGUGUUAGGGCGAGUGAAUCUUGUCUCUGGCCAUGUGAAGACCCAACUGAUCGCCCAUGACAAAGAGGUCUAUGAUAUUGCAUUUAGCCGGGCCGGGGGUGGCAGGGACAUGUUUGCCUCUGUGGGUGCUGAUGGCUCUGUGCGGAUGUUUGACCUCCGCCAUCUAGAACACAGCACCAUCAUUUAUGAAGACCCGCAGCAUCACCCACUGCUUCGCCUCUGCUGGAACAAGCAGGAUCCUAACUACCUGGCCACCAUGGCCAUGGAUGGAAUGGAGGUGGUGAUUCUAGAUGUCCGGGUUCCCUGCACACCUGUCGCCAGAUUAAACAACCAUCGAGCAUGUGUCAAUGGCAUUGCUUGGGCCCCACAUUCAUCGUGUCACAUCUGCACUGCAGCGGAUGACCACCAGGCUCUCAUCUGGGACAUCCAGCAAAUGCCCCGAGCCAUUGAGGACCCUAUCCUGGCCUACACAGCCGAAGGAGAGAUCAACAAUGUGCAGUGGGCAUCAACUCAGCCCGACUGGAUUGCCAUCUGCUACAACAACUGCCUGGAGAUACUCAGAGUGUAAUGUUGGUGGCGCUGUGCGCGCGAGGCAGGGGCUUGUGUGUUUCCUGCCUCUGCCCCACCCCCAAAGUAAGAAGAAACAUGUUUCCAGUGGCCAGUAUGUCUUUCGUUGCUUUGCACCCACUGUUACCAGAAGCUGCUCUAGGAGUUCCUGGCCAGUCACCCAUCGCCCUCGGUGGCAGACUCAGUGCUGUGUGGCACCUCCUCAGCCCAGGGCUGAGUUUUAAGAUUUUCUCUUCUUUCCUCUUCUCAUUUGGUUCCUCAAUUAAAAUUGUGUGUAUAUUUGUUUGUCAGGCGUUGUGUUGAGGAGCAGUUCACGUACUGGCUGUGUCUAUUCCUCUGCCCAGGUGUCUCUGUCUGUUUGCUGCCCAAGGCAGCAACCCAUGUCUCGUCCAUGUCCGUGUUCGUGUUAGCACUUAUGUGGGAACAAAUACCAAUCUGUCUUUUCUCCUAGUAUCAGUGUGUUUAACAAAUUUCAACUUUGUAUAUUUAUCAGGCUAAUUUUUUUAUGAAAAGAAUUUUACUCUUCCUGGUUCAUUUAUUUGUCUUAGAGUCCUUCCUCUUUGCACCUUCUUCUCUUCCCUCAGUGCCUGGAGCUGGUACUGGGCCCACGGCCCCAUGAGCAGUUUGCCUUCUUGAGUCACUGCCUGAGUAGUACAUACCUGACCGGGAGGCCAAACCACCUUGGUGCUCUGAAGUCCACUGACUCCUCACACCUUUCUUAGCCUGGCUCUUCUCAAGGGCAUUCUGGGCUUCUAAACAGACACAGGAAACCUCUGUUUACCCUGAAGCACCACUGUCCAGUCCCAUCGGUUCCCACUGGGAGCAUGGUAGAGCUGAGAGAGACAGGCUCUCAGGGUACCUGACUUGAGGGGAAUCCUUUCAGGAAGCUGAAAAAGUCAAGCAUAUUUCCAGUACAUACUUUCAGAGUCUGUUUUUUCUCCAAAUAUAAGCCCCAGGCCAUUCCACUUAGUGUCUUUUUAAUGAUAGGCAAGAAUGAGUUGAACUUCUCUGAGUUGAACUUUGAUGUUUCUGUUGGUUGAGUAUACUGUGCCUGGCCAUAUAUUAUAUAGGGUGCUCUUUGGAUUGAGUGCUCGGAGGUGAGAGAGUUUCCCAAGAGGCAUCCAGUCUGUAUUUCCGACCCUGAACAAGACCUCACAUGAGAGAUGGACUGAUUGGCUGUGGCAAUCCCGGGCUGUCAAGUGGAUAGAUAGCAAAAAAGAGUUAUACUGUGGUGAGUAAUGCUAAGGAGAAAAAAAGAAAGAAAAGGAAUUAUUGCCCCCAGGGUCAGCCAGUUAAGAGCUCUACCCAUACCUGUCAACCCCUCUCUCCGCCGGUUUAGGUUCUGAGCCGUAUUGGACUUGUAACCUGCGGUUGUCUGUUGACUUGCAGGCCACAGGUGUCUUCCGUUACAUGAGUGAGUUCCAUGGAGGGGGCCUGUGUGUGAUGCCACUGUUGGAUGAGUCCUUGGGGCAGGCAGAGUUUGGGGUGUGCUCUGGGGGGAAAGUUGCCUGGCUCCUUGUGCUCUACUCGGUAACUGAAGGUUUUUAAGUCCCUCUGAAUUGCUCAUCUGAGAUUAGCAAAGUAGCAGGCCUGAGGACGAUGGUUUUGUCCUCUUUGGCUCUCACCUGGUUGAGAAGUAAAACAGUGAACUUUGUUCUUCUGGGCCCUUAAGCUUUGUUGGUUAAGUCUACCUUUUCAGAAGGAGAUGUCAUUGUUUGCUGAAAGUCCAGCUCUUUGCUUUACCACACAGGGACCUGUCCCAAAGAAGAAGGCUCCUUUUGAGUCAGAGUAUUUCCUCUUCUACCCUUUUACUUCGUUGUUCUGAUUUUAGGACUCUGACUGGCCAUGUGCUUGCGGUUGACUCUCCUGCAUCUGCUACUGGAUUUGCACUGCAUUGCUCGGAGAUGUAAAGCGAGCAGUUCUUGGUCAGAACUCUCCUCUGCUUUUCAGUGUGUUUGAUAACAGUUACUGGGUCCUUCUCUCAAGGGUAGCAAGGCCAAGCUGAUGGCUGCUUGUUUAGGAGGCCAUCAGUUCCUUCCUAUGGAGAAGGGUCUGAAAUGGAAGUCAGUGUAGAAGAGGCUGGUCUGCUGGGCAGGGCUUACGUCCACUGAGUUUUAAGAUUCCUUUGCUGAUCUGAACCAAGCCUGGUCUUUAUGGUGAAAUUUGUCAGCUGGAACUCAGAAACAACAACUUAAAAAAAAAAAAAUACACACA